GAAUAUAUUGCCAUUGCUAAAGAGAAGCAUGGAUACAAUAUGGAGCAGGCCCUUGGGAUGCUGUUUUGGCACAAGCACAACAUCGAGAAGUCUUUGGCAGAUCUGCCAAACUUUACUCCAUUCCCAGAUGAGUGGACAGUGGAAGACAAGGUCUUGUUUGAACAGGCCUUCAGUUUCCAUGGGAAGACCUUUCACAGGAUCCAGCAGAUGCUUCCUGACAAAUCAAUAGCCAGCCUGGUGAAAUUUUACUACUCCUGGAAGAAGACAAGGACUAAAACUAGCGUGAUGGACCGUCAUGCUCGUAAACAAAAAAGGGAACGUGAGGAAAGUGAGGAUGAAAUGGAGGAAGCAAAUGGAAAUAACCCUAUUGAUAUUGAAGUUGAACAAAACAAGGAGAGCAAAAAGGAGGUGCCGCCCGCGGAAACCGUUCCUCAGGUGAAGAAGGAAAAGCACAGUACGCAGGCCAAGAACAGAGCGAAGAGGAAACCUCCCAAAGGAAUGUUCCUUUCCCAAGAAGAUGUGGAGGCCGUUUCUGCCAACGCGACAGCUGCUACCACUGUACUCAGACAACUGGACAUGGAAUUAGUCUCAAUCAAACGACAGAUUCAGAAUAUCAAGCAGACAAACAGCGCGCUCAAAGAAAAACUUGAAGGUGGUAUAGAACAAUACAGACUUCCAGAGGUCGUUCAGAAAUUUAAUGCACGUUGGACCACAGAUGAGCAGCUUCUUGCUGUGCAAGCAAUCAGGAAAUAUGGCCGAGACUUUCAGGCAAUCUCUGAUGUGAUUGGAAACAAAUCUGUGGUGCAAGUGAAAAACUUUUUUGUAAAUUAUCGACGUCGUUUCAACAUAGAUGAAGUUCUACAGGAGUGGGAGGCAGAGCAUGGCAAAGAGGAGACAAAUGGAACCAAUAGCCAGAAGCCUGUAAAAUCCCCUGAUAAUUCCACUAAAAUGUCUGAAGAGGAAGAUGAGGCUACUUCUGUUCUUGAUGUCAGAUAUGCAUCUGCUUCGUGAGAAGGUGCUGUAGCCUAGAACAAUUUGUGUUGACUACUGUGUUAUCCAGGAUAUCAGGUAUUAGCAAACCUCAGACAGCCAUCUGCAUCAUAUCUGUGGACAAGCAGCUAUUACCAAAAAAAGGCAAACGCUUCCAGUCCUGUGCUACAUCUGCCUUAAUCUCCCCUCAUUCCUCCAUACUGCCUCCACUUUCUUUCAAAAGCACCCAGGUAGCUCAUCUCUCCAUUUCGUCAAUGUCCUGCUUAAGCAUGGGAAUUUCUAGAACCAGUAACACCUGUCUGUAAAUUUUGACCAACCUGCAAAACAAGGAGCUCUUUAGCAGCCCCACAGUUAACUCUACACAUUAGGAGUUCUUAUAAUACUUGGUCCGUAGGGUAUAAGUACAUAUUGCUGCAUGGCCUUGUGGUCUCCGCUUCCUGUGUAUUCUUACGAUGACACUAUUAUUAGCGAGCUUUCUAUAAAGGAGAGGCCUGUGCACAUGCCAGUGGUGUCAGGUUUGUUCUGAAAUGACAGGGCAUGUUAACA